UUUAUUGGUAACCCAAUUAUACAAAUGUGUUAAAAAUUAUAAAAUGAACAUUACCCUAAAGGAAGCUGUAGUGUCCACAUCACCAAUAGAGGUCAGAACCUUAAUUUAGUUUACCACACAAAGGAAAAAGAGUAAUUGCAGAAAAAUUAUUCUUUGUCUGGCAAAGGCAGCACAAAUACACCACAGGUGCAGAUUAUUUCUAUUAUUCAACUAGCAAAUCCCUCUGAAGAAUAAGGCUAUUCAUGCUUCCAUUUCUAACACAUUAUCAGAACAGGGGGAAUGUAGUUUCAGAAUAGACUGAGGGUGUUUUUCUGGGGAUGAGCUCCCUGCCUGCUGAGAGCUCAAUGACAAGGUGUAAUUUCACCUUUCAGAAGAUCAGAGGGGCACACACUAGCACAAUUGACACCCUCCAGCUGGUGGUAAAGUUGUGUAACAAAAUCUGUAGUGACCAACACAUGUUCACCAGCAUUUUUGUAUUAUUAUUGUGUGUUUAUUAUGUGUUCAUGUUUUGCAUGAUCACAGGAGGGGCAGUUGGCAUUCAGCUGCAGCACCAUCAAAAGGUUCUUCUAUAAAAACAAUUCUCAUUUAUUUCUUAAAGUUAACGUUUGCAGUAUUUAAACUUACACCUUCAAAAAACAAUUCUGGUAAACAAAUUCACACAAUAACAAUGCAUGUAAAGUCAUUGUUCUUUAUAAGAAUGUAAUGUCUUAAAUCCAGUAUAAAGCUAACAUAGUGUAUUUGUUUAAGUGGUAAUACACUUUUGUUCUGAUAAAUAAUUUUAAACUAUACAAGAAUUUUAGUAGACUGUUUGGGAUUUUUGCCCCACUUAUAAUAUUUGUCCCUCUGCUGUUGUCAUUUCUCUAAAUGUACUAUAUGUGAAUGUAUAUUUUUAAAAGUAACAAGGUGCCAUACCCUUCCAUUUGCAUCAUGAACACGGGGGCAAUUACAGCACGAUGCUCACCAUUAGCCACCUGGUAGGACUGCUUCAGACUCCUGGUCUCCUUUUCCUCCUCUUUGAUCACAUCCUUACCUGCUAGUUUGAACGAUAGAAUUUGUGCCGCUCUUGGAAUGGCAAGCAGUUUGACAGGCAGACAAUUAGUGUAGAAGUUAAAGAAAUAUAAGAAAAACAAGUUUUAAAAAAGGAACACAUUAGACCUUGGUACAUCAUUUUUAGGGUGUAUUGUUGUGUAUGUUUUCAAUGAAAAUUGUUAAAGUCAUAAUUUACAUAUAUUUUGUUAACACCUUUGUUGACAGAAAGACCAUGGCUUCACAAUGUUUCGUCGCGUUUAGAUUUAGGAAUAUUUCUGCUGGUCUCUCCAAAAUGAUUCCCAGGGUCGGUUACAGUUAUUUAGUGUUUGUACAAGCAGGCCCAUCAUUCCUGCAUGUUUCUUGGGGCCUUAAACAUCAGUUUACUCGGCUCCCCCUCUAUUUUUCGACUGGCCAGGACCAAAGUUAAAAGGGCACCUCCAGCUGUUUUGGGACAGAGGGAUAAUUUUUAGCUGCCAGACAUGUUUUGUCAGGAGAUUGUCUACAGUUUCGUACAGUACUGUCUCUAUAUUUAACAUAAGUGAACCAUUUAACAAGCUAGGAAAUACAAUGUUCUGCAUAUAGAGUUUGCAGGUGAUUCCAAAAACAUGAACUGUCCCUUCAACAAUGACCUCAUCCAGGACAUUCAAUGUUAUGCUACCUCUGUGUAUCUGGAUCUGCCUGUGCACCCAGCAUGUUAACUGGGCUGGUUCUUGUGGCUUUACAAUGAGUUACACUUUGUUUGAAGUUUGCUCCUUACUUCUGUUUCACGUCCACCGGACUAAUGAGGUCUUCCACGUCUCUGAAGAAAAUGCAUGAGGAGGCGGGGCUCGGCCAUUUUUGGGUCAGUGGCCAAUAGGAACGCUCCUGGAUUAACAGUAGUAUUCAUGAACAGUUAUGCUGUGCAGCAGAUUAGAUCUGGAUGACGAAGAUGCAGCAUCAGAGGUCAAGGAUGAUGUCCUACAGGGUGUUUUGCUGCCUGCUCUUUCUACCAGGUUUACUAGAAGCGUCCUCUCUUGUGAAAGUAGAGAAUUCUCAAGGAAACCCAUUAAACAUUGAGUCAACUCAGGCACAUGACUUCUUGACCAGCUCCCGACCAAAGAGGAACAUUGACCCACGGUGGUACCGAGGCAAUCCUGAUUUCCAGUCCUACUAUCGCUAUUACAACAGCAUUGGGCACACUGAAGGUCUCUACGAGAUUGACAGAAUCAGGAUGCUUUAUCAGCAAAUGCGUCACUUUGAGCAAACUUACGGUCCUGAUGCCUCAAGUUACCAAAAUAUUUUGGGUGUGCAGACUACAACUGCAGCACCAACUACAACCACCAAGCCUCCUCCACCACCCACCACCCCUGCUCCCACACCAGAUCCUCUGAAAGACGCUCCAAGGAUCUAUCUGUGCAACCCCAAAGACCCUCUGUGUAAACCUAAGGUAGUCUACAUGCCAACAGGAGCCGUCCCAGUCCUGUGCGACCCACGGGUCAACCCUGCCUGCAGACCCAAAUCAGAGGAGGAGAUUAAGGCCGAAGCUCCUCCCCAGCCACCCCCUGCACCUCCUGCUCCCAAAAAGUCAGCCCUGCCACCUCCACCUCCUGUUAUCACUGCGAAAAAAAUGGAGUAUGACUGUGACCCAUACUGGGAUCCUGACUGCCUCAUCGACCAUCCUCCUCGCCCUGUCCAGGAAACAACUGAACUAGAGGAACCUGCCAAGGAGGAGGUGGUAAAAAAAGAAGUAACAAAGGUUGAAGAAAGUGUCCCUGCUGCACCUGAACCUGAGAAAACCCUCUAUCCUUUUUUUGAUCCUUAUGAUUUUAAGCGUGACCUUUAUGACCCAUUCAAAUAUGCCGCUCCAGCGCCAGAAGACGACUAACUUCUUGUUUACAGGGUACAAGGAUAUUUAACAUUAUAAAUAAUUCUACAUCCCGUUGAUCUAAUCCAAUUGAUCAUCAUCGUUUGUCUUAUUAAAGAGGAGCAUAAGCUAAGUGUUUACACUUAUGAAUGUUUUCACUGUAAAGAAAAUAAAGUCUGUAUCUACUGAUAAAAAUAAAAAGACACUGAAAAUGGUUAGUGCUGCUGCCAUAAUUUACUGAGAGUUGAAGCAUGUAAAAUUGUUUUCAUUUAAUUUAAUAAAUAGCCAUUAGGCUAUAUUAAAUCUAUCUGUGAUUCACUGCUCCUUAGUGUGAAUAGUGGUAUACUAUCAGCAGAAGUAGUAGAAGC